AACAACUGUGUGUCAGUUAGUUGGAAGUGAAGUUUUAACUCGGUGGAAAGUUUUGUUAUGAUCCGAUAUCGACGCUUUAUCAGAGAUAAUCGGAUACACGGACAGGUUUGGAUCGGUUUAUUGAGUAAAUCGGGUGUUUUGGGGGGUUGAAAUGAGUUUAAACGAGCAUUCUCUGCAGGCUCUGUCCUGGAGAAAACUCUAUCUGAGCAGGGCUAAACUGAAGGCCACCAGCAGAACCUCAGCACUGCUGUCAGGAUUCGCCAUGGUGGCGAUGGUGGAGGUCCAGUUGGAGAGGGAUUACGCGUACCCCCCUGGUCUUCUGAUAGCCUUCAGCGCCUGUACCACCGUGCUGGUUGCGGUGCACCUCUUCGCUCUGAUGAUCAGUACCUGCAUCCUGCCCAACAUCGAGGCCGUCAGCAACGUCCACAACCUGAACUCGGUCAAGGAAUCGCCACACGAGCGCAUGCACCGCCACGUGGAGCUGGCCUGGGCCUUCUCCACCGUCAUCGGUACCUUCCUCUUCCUGGCUGAGGUGCUACUACUCUGCUGGGUCAAGUUCCUGCCCCUAAAGACGCCCAAGAAGGACGACGAGGACGUCCCGGGCACCAGCAACGUCACCCGGAUCAGCCCGGGCGAGGCCGCCGCCUACGCCUCGACCGCCAUCAUGGUUCCCUGUGGCCUGGUCUUCAUCGUGUUCGCCGUCCACUUUUACCGCUCGCUCGUCAGCCACAAGACCGACCGACAGUUUCAGGAGCUGGAGGAACUUUCUCACAUCACCAGGCUGCAGAACGAGCUCGACCACCGACCUGACGCGCCCAACAUCCAGACCGCGCCCGGCAUCUUUCCCUGAAACGUAGCGUAGCUUGGUUGCGUCGGUGUUUAGUUAGAAUUCAGUUACGAUAAUUAGCAGAACAGUUAUUUUUUUAAAGACACUUUUGCGAUUAAAAUGAUCACAUGACUUUAUUUCUCCUGCCAAAAGUAUUUAAAGCUUCGCUUACAGAGUCGUCUGUCCCAAUUUUAUAUAUUUAGUCUUGCUAGCUGGUGAAGCAUUUAAUAUAGCAGCCAACCAUGGUAACGUAAACGCUAGCUGAUGUUAUACGACAACGUCACUCCGCUAUGUGUAGCUAGAAAUAAAAACAUCGUAUUGAUUUACCGACAUUAGGCACUUGUUUAUCAGUAAUAUUAAUUAAGCUGCUAGGGUGGCCAGAAUAUACAGACAUGAUUGGCUGUGUCUGAGGGUGGGCGGGUUAUACGGAUUCAAUCUCACUCUCACUCACUGUCUUAACUGCUUGUCCA